UAGUUAUCAUUUCGUAGCCAAUUAAGUUUCAUAUUUAAUCAUCAAAAAUAACUAGCAUCGUCGUUCUCCUCUCUUAGCUAAUGGAUCAAAGAUCAUUAGAAACUGCUGCUAAAUCUGGAAACAUUGGUCUACUAUACGAAUUGAUCCAUGAAGAUCCAUACGUUCUCGACAAAAUCGAUGAUGUGCCCUUCGUUAAUACUCCUCUCCAUGUGGCAGCCGUCGCUGGAAAAACAGAGUUCGCCAUGGAAAUGAUGAACUUGAAACCAUCUUUUGCUCGGAAACUUAACGCAGACGGACUUACGCCAUUACACCUCGCUGUCGAUCAUAGUCACUUCUGGUUAGUACUUGACGUAGUUAAGGCUGAUCCAAGCCUUGUUCGUUUUAAAGGGAGACAUGGUAUGACACCAUUGCUAGUUGCAGUAAGCAAAAAGAAGAUUGAUCUGAUAUCAGAAUUCUUCUUGGUUUGCCCCGAAAGCAUUGUGGACGCAAACGUGAACGGAGAAAACGCUCUUCACAUCGCCUUGAGUAACUACGACCAAAGAGAAGGAUUAAGCGUUAUUAAAGUUCUCAUGGGAUGGAUCCUAAGAUUGUGUCAAAAAGAUGCAGAGUGGAUCGAGACAAGAGUCAUAAACCGAAGAGACAAAGACGGUAACACACCUUUACAUCUCGCGGCGUACGAGAACAAUCUUCAAGCUAUGAAAUUGAUGUUAGAGAGUUCAAAGAUUAACGUCAACAUCGAGAACAAGACCGGUUUAACCGUUCUCGACAUUGCUGCAUUACACAAUAACAGAGAGACAGAGAGAAUGGUUAAGAGACAUGGUGGAGAACGUUCGGUUUCUCUGGUUAAGAUUAAGACAACAUCGGAUCUACUCGCGUCGCAGCUUUCUUGGAGAGAAUCGAGACGGACAAAGAAGAUUCGGUUUUAUUCUUGGAUCUCUGAAGAGAGAAGAAACGCUCUUUUAGUGGUCGCAACUCUCAUAGUCACAGCUACUUAUCAGACCGUUCUCCAACCUCCCGGAGGCGUAUCUGAUGGGAGCGGUCAAAACGGUGGAACUGGAACAAGCGGUACGAAAGCGGGUUCAGUGGUUAUGGACGAGGUCUACUUUAUCUGGUUAUGGUUAUGGAACAGUGCGGGUUUCUACUUUGCCAUUGAGAUGAUGAUACGUUUGUUGAGUUUAGGACAAGAGAGUAUGUUUUGGUAUUAUCCUCUGUUCGUUCCUCUGCUCUUGGCUUACUCUGUUGCAGGGGAUGUGAUCAAGCCGAACGCAAGAGCGUACACGAUCGCAGGUGUGGGUGCGAUAGUGGUUCUUAUAAUUUGGGGAUUGGUAGUUUGGUUUUGGGAAUGGGUGCAGUCUAAGAGAACCAAGGUGCGUGGACCCAAGAGUGGAUUGGUUUGGGAAGGUUUCACUACGUUGGAUCAAGCUAGAGGUUUUGCGCCUAAUCGGUAUGGGAUUAGGUAAUUUUAUUUCCUCUUGUUAUUUUAUUGUUGUUUUUGUAUUUUUAUUCUAUAAUGUAUAAAAUCUCUACUACUAGCUCGAGAUAAACAGAUUUACAUGAAAUCUCUGUUUAUUAUUUGCAUAAUAUUUACUCUA